CUGCGAGGUAUCUGCUAACUGCGAGGUAUCCGCUAACUGCGAGGUAUCUGCUAACUGCGAGGUAUCCGCUAGCUGCAAGGUCUCCGCUAGCUGCGAGGUAUCUGCUAACUGCGAUGUAUCCGCUAACUGUGAGGUAUCCGCCAACUGUGAGGUAUCCGCUAACUGCAAGGUAUCCGCUAGCUGUGAGGUGUCCGCUAGCUGCGAGGUAUCUGCUAGCUGCGAGGUGUCCGCUAGCUGCGAGGUAUCUGCUAGCUGCGAGGUGUCCGCUAGCUGCGAGGUAUCUGCUAGCUGCGAG